AGAGAAAGAAAGGGAGAGCCUUUGAAGUACCCUUUUACUCAAUGCCCGGUUUGAACCAAGCUCACGGGAUUGUUGUCAGUGGGUAUCUUUCAUAUGUACUACACGUUGCUCCAGAAAGUUAGAGAGAGAGAGAGAGAGAGAAAACAACAACAAAGUAAUAAAUAUUGCAUUUUUGUAGCAUAAUACUAACAUAUAAUGCUUUCAAAGUGAGAGAGAGAGAGAGAGGAAUUGGUUAUUGUUGGUACUUUGGUAGUGUUAUUGGAGUGAGUGAGUGGGGUGGGAAGGGAAUUCGGCGCUCUUUCUCUUUUUUGAAUUCAAGAUCAGAUAAGAAGCUGUUUGUUUUGUUUUGGGUGUUGGGGGGGCUUUUCCCUAUGAUUAUUAUUGUCACUUUUUUCAUAGGAUUUCACCUUUGUGCUUUGUCUGUAAUUCUUGUCUCUUUACUCAAGGGGGUGAGAUUUUGAAGCGUUAUGCUUACUAUUUUAAUGUUAUUUUCUUUUUUCCUUUGAGCCUCUGCUAACUUUCUGUGACCGCUUUUUGUCCUCUAAUGCACUUCUUCACGAGGUCCUGUCAGAGGGUUUAUUUUCAAAAAAAGUUCCAGCUUUAUCCAUUUUUUUGCUCUCCUCCCUCUUUUUCACUAUAAUUUUCAAAGUUUGUUUGUCUGAUGAAAUUUCAUUUUACCCCGUUUUAUUAAUCUUUUCAUCCAUCCUGCUCUCAUCCCUUCUCUUCUGCUAGAUUCUUUACACUUUACACUACACCCUCUUUUGUUUGCACUAAACUCCACUUGUUUCUUUGUCCCUCCAAUUUUUUAAACCAAGAAUUUUUCAUUUUCAGUUUGAGUUUUUCACCUGUCCCUUGUAUAUUGAACCAUUUGUUUUCACUUGGUUGCUACACUUGUUCAUUUACAAGCAGCAAAACCCUCUUUAUCUUUAACCAAAAGAGGCAAAGUUUCGCUUAACUUUGGCACCGUUUCUCAUUAUUCCAGAUCGUGACUCAAAAGUCGUGAAGUUAUUAUUAUGGGGAAAGCUAGCAGGUGGUUGAAAGGGUUGUUGGGGAUGAAGAAGGAGAAGGACCAUAGUGACAAUUCAGGCUCAUUGGCUCCUGACAAGAAGGAGAAGAAAAGGUGGAGUUUUGCCAAGCCAGGGAAGGAUGUGCCACCUUCAGUUCCUGCCACUGAUAACACCUGGCUCAGAUCCUAUAUUUCUGAGACAGAGAAUGAGCAGAACAAGCAUGCAAUUGCGGUGGCAGCCGCCACCGCGGCUGCUGCUGAUGCCGCCGUGGCCGCUGCGCAGGCGGCUGUGGCAGUUGUGAGGCUCACAAGCCAGGGGAGAGGGGCAUUGUUCAGUGGAAGCAGGGAGAAGUGGGCUGCUGUGAAGAUCCAAACUUUUUUUAGAGGCUACUUGGCACGGAAGGCUCUUAGAGCACUGAAAGGAUUGGUUAAGAUACAAGCUCUUGUUAGAGGGUAUUUGGUUAGAAAGAGGGCUGCUGCAACUCUUCACAGUAUGCAAGCUCUAAUAAGAGCUCAAACUGCUGUUAGAACACAGCGAGCUCGUCGCUCGAUGAGCAAAGAAAACAGAUUUCUACCUGAAGUUCUUGCAAGAAAAUCUGUGGAACGAUUUGAUGAAACAAGGAGUGAAUUCCACAGUAAAAGGCUACCUACAUCCUAUGAAACAUCCUUGAAUGGUUUUGAUGAGAGCCCCAAGAUUGUUGAAAUUGACACAUACAAGACUCGAUCAAGGUCUAGGCGCUUUACCUCUACAAUGUCUGAGUGUGGAGAAGACAUGUCCUGUCAUGCAAUCUCAUCCCCUCUUCCUUGUCCAGUCCCGGGUCGAAUCUCAGUUCCUGAUUGCAGAUACAUUCAAGAUUUUGAUUGGUACUACAAUGUUGAUGAGUGUAGAUUCUCCACAGCUCAUAGCACCCCACGUUUCACAAACUAUGUGAGGCCUAAUGUUCCAGCUACACCAGCCAAGAGUGUUUGUGGAGACACCUUCUUCAGACCUUACUCCAAUUUCCCCAACUACAUGGCCAAUACUCAGUCAUUCAAUGCAAAACUAAGGUCUCAUAGUGCUCCAAAGCAAAGACCUGAACCCAAGAAAAGGCUCUCACUCAAUGAAAUGAUGGCAGCAAGAAACAGCAUAAGUGGUGUUAGAAUGCAAAGGCCAUCAUCCAAUUUCUUCCAGACUCAAGAAGACUCAUGGAAUUUUUGACAAUCACAAGGAAUAUUUGAGAGGCAAUUGAGUCUAAAUGAUGUUAGUAAUAUCUAGAAUAUGUUUUUUCACUUGUGCUUACAACUUACAAAUUCAGGGAUGAAAUUCUCAAUUCUCAAUUCUGCUUGUGUACAUUCUUUUAAUUAAAGAGUUUUUCUUUUUUCAAUCAUGCCCUUUCUCUUGUAUCAAAUGAUUUACAUCUAGUAAAGAAUUUGGCCUGGUCAUUUUUAAG